AUCUGAAGCCCUUCCUACCCCACCUUUCUCUGCAUAGGGCCCCAGCUGGCCGCCUCUCCCUCCUGCCCACUCUCUCCCUCUGUGCCCCUGGCUUCCUCUCGGGGCAGCCCUCGCCGUGGGCGGCUGCAUCCUCCGGAGAGAAGCACUAGUGACUAAUGAGGCUGCCUGGAGACCUUUGCCGUGAUUGGCCACGGCAGCCCCUGCCAUUGUUGCCCUUCGCAGCCCCUAUUGGCUCCGGCUGCCCCGUCCAUUGUCUGCCUCUUCCCACUGCCCACUCAGCCCAGUCACACGUGGGCCCUCAACUGCCAUCCUCCGGGAUUUUAAGUGUCAGAGGAAGGGGCUUCUUCACCUCAGAUGACAAGGCUGGGGAGGGAAGCCCAGGAGAGGCCAAGCCAGGUGCUGGCCGUGAUCCAACUUCUCAACCCUCCGAAACAUAGAUCUCCCACCUCACUCCCUCGGACAGGCCUGCUGGCCGCCGGGUGCAUCCGUAGUGGCCUCUCCGCCUUCUCUCUUCUCCUGUCCUCCCCAUGGCCCAGACAUGAGUGGCCCCCUAGAAGGGGCUGAUGGGGGUGGGGACCCCAGACCCGGAGAAUCCUUCUGUCCAGGCGGGGUCCCAUCCCCAGGGCCCCCACAGCACCGGCCUCGGCCAGGCCCCAGCCUGGCCGAUGACACCGAUGCCAACAGCAAUGGCUCCAGUGGCAAUGAGUCCAAUGGGCCUGAGUCCAGGGGUGCCUCUCAGCGGAGCUCACACAGCUCUUCCUCCGGCAAUGGCAAGGACUCUGCCCUGCUGGAGACCACGGAGAGCAGCAAGAGCACAAACUCUCAGAGCCCGUCCCCACCCAGCAGUUCCAUCGCCUAUAGCCUUCUGAGUGCCAGCUCAGAGCAGGACAACCCAUCCACCAGCGGCUGCAGCAGUGAACAGUCAGCCCGGGCGAGAACGCAGAAGGAACUCAUGACGGCGCUUCGGGAGCUGAAGCUUCGGCUGCCACCAGAGCGCCGGGGCAAGGGCCGCUCCGGCACGCUGGCCACGCUGCAGUACGCACUGGCCUGCGUGAAGCAGGUGCAGGCCAACCAGGAGUACUACCAGCAAUGGAGCCUGGAAGAAGGCGAGCCGUGCGCCAUGGACAUGUCCACCUACACCCUGGAGGAGCUGGAGCACAUCACGUCCGAGUACACGCUCCGCAACCAGGAUACCUUCUCGGUGGCCGUCUCCUUCCUGACCGGCCGGAUCGUGUACAUCUCGGAGCAGGCGGCCAUCCUGCUGCGUUGCAAGCGGGACGUGUUCCGAGGUGCCCGCUUCUCGGAGCUCCUGGCUCCCCAGGACGUGGGCGUUUUCUACGGUUCCACUGCCCCGUCUCGCCUGCCCACCUGGGGCACGGGAGCCUCGGCAGGUUCAGGCCUCAAGGACUUCACCCAAGAGAAGUCUGUCUUCUGCCGUAUCAGAGGAGGUCCUGACCGGGACCCAGGGCCUCGGUACCAGCCAUUCCGCCUGACUCCGUAUGUGACCAAGAUCCGGGUCUCAGACGGGGCCCCCGCCCAGCCGUGCUGCCUGCUCAUCGCAGAACGCAUUCACUCGGGCUAUGAAGCUCCCCGAAUCCCUCCUGACAAGAGGAUCUUCACCACGCGGCACACACCCAGCUGCCUUUUCCAGGAUGUGGACGAAAGGGCUGCUCCGUUGCUGGGCUAUCUGCCCCAGGACCUCCUCGGGGCCCCAGUGCUCCUGUUCCUGCAUCCCGAGGACCGACCCCUCAUGCUGGCCAUCCACAAGAAGAUCCUACAGCUAGCGGGCCAGCCUUUUGACCACUCCCCUAUCCGCUUCUGCGCCCGCAAUGGGGAGUACGUCACCAUGGACACCAGCUGGGCCGGCUUCGUGCACCCCUGGAGCCGCAAGGUGGCCUUUGUGUUGGGCCGCCACAAAGUACGCACGGCACCCCUGAAUGAGGACGUGUUCACGCCCCCUGCUCCCAGCCCGGCUCUGUCCCUGGACCCUGACAUCCACGAGCUGUCUGAGCAGAUCCACCGGCUGCUGUUGCAGCCUGUGCACAGCUCCAGCCCCACGGGGCUCUGUGGUGUUGGCCCCAUGACGUCCCCAGGCCCCCUGCACAGCCCUGGCUCCUCCAGUGACAGCAACGGGGGCGAUGCGGAAGGGCCCGGGCCUCCUGCUCCAGUGACCUUCCAGCAGAUCUGCAAGGACGUGCAUCUGGUGAAACACCAGGGGCAGCAGCUUUUCAUUGAGUCCCGGGCCCGGCCUCCACCUCGGCCCCGCCUCCCCGCUACAGGCACAUUCAAAGCCAAGGCCCUUCCCAGCCAGUCCCCAGACCCAGAACUGGAGGUGGCCCCUGCUCCCAUCCAGGCCCCGCUAGCCUUGGUCCCUGAGGAGGCUGAGCAGAAGGAAGCCUCCAGCUGCUCCUACCAGCAGAUCAACUGCCUGGACAGCAUCCUCAGGUACCUGGAGAGCUGCAACAUCCCCAGCACAACCAAGCGCAAGUGCGCCUCCUCCUCCUCCUGCACCGCCUCCUCCGCCUCCGACGAUGACAGGCAGAGGGCGGGUCCAGUCCCCAUGGGGACCAAGAAAGAUGCGGCGGCGGCAGUGCUCUCUGGGGAGGGGGCAACUCCGCAGAAGGAGGCGGUGGUGGGAGGCACCCUGAGCCCGCUUGCCCUGGCCAAUAAGGCAGAGAGCGUGGUGUCCGUCACCAGCCAGUGUAGCUUCAGCUCCACCAUCGUCCAUGUGGGAGACAAGAAGCCCCCGGAGGCGGACAUCAUCAUGGAGGACCUGCCUGGCCCAGCCCCAGGCCCGGCCCCCAGUCCGGCCCCCAGCCCCACAGUAGCCCCUGACCCAGCCCCAGAUGCCUACCGCCCAGUGGGCUUGACCAAGGCCGUGCUGUCCCUGCACACACAGAAGGAAGAGCAAGCCUUCCUCAGCCGCUUCCGAGACCUCGGCCGGCUGCGCAGACUCGACGGCUCUUCCACGGCCCCCUCGGCCCCUGGCGAGCGAGGCUGCCACCACGGCCCUGCGCCCCCUGGCCGCCGACACCACUGCCGAUCCAAAGCCAAGCGCUCACGCCACCACCAGACUCCCCGGGCCGAAGCCCCUUGCUGCGUUUCCCACCCCUCACCUGUGUCCCCCGCUGCUGCCUGGCCCUCCUCACCGGCCACCACGCCAUUCCCAGCCGUGGUCCAGCCCUACCCUCUCCCAGUGUUCUCUCCUCGGGGAGGCCCCCAGGCUCUGCCCCCGGCCUCCACAUCUGUGCCCCCUGCCACUUUCCCUGCCCCCCUGGUGACCCCAAUGGUAGCCUUAGUGCUCCCAAACUAUCUGUUCCCCACUACAUCCACCUAUCCCUAUGGGGUGCCCCAGAGCCCUGCGGAGGGGCCUCCCACCCCUGCCUCCCAGUCUCCGUCCCCUUCCCUGCCUCCCCUGCCCCCCAGUCCCCCGCCACGUCCGGACUCCCCACUGUUCCAGUCAAGAUGUAGCUCCCCGCUCCAGCUAAACCUGCUGCAGCUUGAGGAGCCCCCCCGUGCCGAGGGGGCUGCCGUUGCAGGGGGUCCCGGGAGCAGUGCUGGGCCCCCGCCUCCCAGUGAGGAGGCCGCUGAGCCAGAGGCCAGAAUGGUGGAGGUGACCGAGUCCUCCAAUCAGGACGCGCUGUCUGGCUCCAGCGACCUGCUGGAGCUGCUGCUGCAGGAAGACUCUCGCUCUGGCACCGGCUCCGCAGCCUCGGGCUCCCUGGGCUCUGGCUUAGGCUCCCACGAAGAGGGCAGCACCUCGGCCAGCAUCACCCGCAGCAGUCAGAGCAGCCACACGAGCAAGUACUUCGGCAGCGUGGACUCUUCAGAGGCAGAGGCUGGGGCUGCGCGGGCCAGGGCUGAGCCUGGAGACCAGGUCAUUAAGUAUGUACUCCAGGAUCCCAUUUGGCUGCUCAUGGCCAAUGCUGACCAGCGUGUCAUGAUGACCUACCAGGUGCCCUCCAGGGACGUGGCGUCCGUGCUGAAGCAGGACCGGGAGCGGCUCCGGGCCAUGCAGAAACAGCAGCCUCGGUUUUCCGAGGACCAGCGGCGGGAACUGGGGGCUGUGCACUCCUGGGUCCGGAAGGGCCAGCUGCCUCGGGCCCUUGAUGUGAUGGCCUGUGUGGACUGCGGCAGUAGCGCCCAAGACCCCGGCCACCCUGAGGACCCUGUCUUCUCGGAGCUGGAGGGACUGGGGCUGGAGCCCAUGGAGGAGGGUGGAGGCGAGGGUGGCGGCGGCGGUGGCGGCAGUGGUGAGGGUGAGGGUGAGGGUGGUGAGGAGGCCCGGGCCCAGGGGGAGGCCAAGGUCUCCGGCUCCCAGGACUCAGCCAUGGAGGAGGAGGAGCAAGGUGGGAGCUCAUCCGGUCCAGCCUUACCCGCCGAGGAAAAUGGCACCAGCUAGGCUCCAUCCGGGGGCCACCUCUGGGCGGGGAGAGGCAUCCUUCUGUGUCCUCAUGUCAGAACCCAGAGGUGGCCAGACCAAUAGGAAACGGCCCCAGCUCGUCGGGGGCGGGGGCUGGACCCAUCACCAGCCCGGGAUCCAGGGACUGCCUCUGUCCUGUUAGGCAACAGCGGGUGGAGCUCCCCAGCGCAGCCUGGAGGGGUGUCCCCUGCCACCCCUGGUGAGGAGCGCGCCCUGCCCCAGCCCAGGUUGCUGACAAGCUGCUCAAGCAGUCCCGCCGGACCCCACGGAGCCCCAGCGUCAGCCCGAGGGUUCACUGCACUUAUUUAUUGGGGAGAUGGCUCUCUCUCCCACCUCCUCCCCACGUGGGCCGAGGGACUGAGGGCCAAGCAGGACCCAGGGGUUCGAGCCCCUAGCUGCUCCAGGGUGGGGGAGGUUGGUGGACCACGGAGUCCCUGGUGCUGCCCCUCAGGUGGGACCCAGGCGUUCUCAGCUGUUCCCUCUACCAAUGGCAUUUGUGUUUUUGA